UAUCACUAUGAAAAGUAGGGCUCUUUGGUCUCGGCGGCAGAAGCAAGAUGACGAAGGGAACGUCAUCGUUUGGAAAGCGUCGGAAUAAGACGCACACGCUAUGCCGCCGCUGUGGCUCUAAGGCCUACCACCUUCAGAAGUCGACCUGUGGCAAGUGUGGCUACCCUGCCAAGCGAAACAGAAAGUAUAAUUGGAGUGCUAAAGCUAAAAGACGAAAUACCACCGGGACUGGUCGAAUGAGGCACCUAAAAAUUGUAUACCGCAGAUUCAGGCAUGGAUUCCGUGAAGGAACAACACCUAAACCCAAGCGAGCAGCUGUUGCAGCAUCCAGUUUAUCCUAAGGAUUUCAACAAUUAGUUGCGCAAUAAAUGUUCUGGCUUUUAAAAAUAAAAAAAAAAAAAAAGAAAA